UCAGGAGUGAGAAGGACGAUGGAAAUAAAGAUGGACAUCGAACGAAAAUAGCUCAGCUAUAUGUCAGACCUCGGACUGGCACUUCAGGAAGAACCCAAGGGGAGAAAAGUGAGAGCCUAGAGUUCACAACCAUGGAAGCUCGCGUUGGUAAUAUUGUUUUCAGCUCCAAGUUUGACUCAGGUAACCUGGCACGUGUGGAAAAGGUGGAAAAGGGCAACUCUAGCCCUCCUACCGAUGUAGCUCCCAGUGGAAGUGCCCUCUCAGGGUCAAACCUCACCCCUGACUAUGAGUUCAAUGUGUGGACGCAGCCAGACUGCGGUGGCACGGAACAUGAGAAUGGAAACAGAUCAUGGUUUCACUUCAGCGUACGGGGUGCGGCACCUGGAAAGAUACUGAAGAUCACUGUGAUGAACAUGAACAACCAGAGGAAACUCUACAGCCAGGGUAUGGCUCCUCUCGUACGCACUUUACCUGGCAAGAACCGGUGGGAAAGGAUCCGGGACAGACCCACAGCUGAGAUUGUGGAUAACCAGUUCAUCCUCUCAUUCUCUCACCGGCUGUCGGAGGUGCGAGGCGCAACCACCUACUUCUCUUUUUGCUUCCCCUUCUCCUAUAGUGAGUGCCAGGAGAUGAUGCAGCAGUUUGACAAGAGCUACCCUAAUGCUGCUCAACUCAGUCCGAGCAGUGCCCCGGACAGUGUGUAUUAUCAUAGGGAGUUGUUGUGCCACUCUCUAGAUGGUAAUAGGGUGGACCUGCUCACUGUGACCAACUGCAAUGGGAUGCAAGAGGAGAGAGAACCCCGUCUGCCUAAGCUGUUUCCCGACACCAACACGCCAAGACCACACUGCUUCUCCAGCAAAAGGGUGUUUUUUCUCAGCAGUCGAGUGCAUCCCGGGGAGACUCCCUCAUCCUUUGUGUUCAACGGUUUCCUCAACUUCAUCCUAAGAAGAGAUGACCCUCGUGCUCAUGCGCUUCGGAGCAUGUUUGUUUUCAAGCUCAUUCCCAUGCUCAACCCAGACGGCGUUGUUCGUGGGCACUACAGGACUGAUUCCAGGGGUGUGAACCUAAACAGACAAUACUUAAACCCCAGCCCUGAGCUGCACCCUUCCAUCUUUGCAGCCAAAACAAUUUUGCUCUACCACCACACUCACAACCGCCUGCACAAUACACAGUCCAGCACUCACUGUAACAGCCCCACACACAUGCAGACCCGGCCCAUUAGCAUCAAAUCUGCUCCCUUCACCACCCUUGAAGUCAGCUUGAACCAACGAAAUGCAGAGAAUGACACAAAUCCUGUGCUGCCAGAAGUUCGGAUGGUGAUGGAGGAAAACGCCUGGGUCACCACAGAGAUGGGGAAGGUGGACCGGAACUGCUCAUCAAGCUCCUCAGAGACUGUAGCUCCUGUUACUGUAGAGGUAACAUUACCAGAGGUGGAAGAACAAGAAUCAAUUCCACCACAGGAAGGGGGUGUGGCAUAUUAUGUGGACUUACAUGGCCACGCCUCUAAACGGGGGUGCUUCAUGUAUGGAAAUAACCUUCCUGACGAGAGCCAGCAGGUAGAGAACAUGCUGUAUCCGAGGCUGAUCGCUGUGAACUCUGCCCACUUUGAUUUCCUGGGCUGUAACUUCUCAGAGAAAAACAUGUAUGCACGUGACAAGAGAGAUGGCCAGUCUAAAGAAGGCAGUGGGCGGGUGGCCAUUCACAAGGCCAUAGGGCUGCUUCACAGCUACACUUUGGAGUGCAACUACAACACAGGAAAAACCAUGAACACCAUCCCACCUGCUUGCCAUGACAACGGACGGGCAACCCCACCUCCACCCCCAUCAUUCCCUCCAAAAUACACUCCAGAAAUAUUUGAACAGGUGGGCCGUGCCGUGGCUAUCUCUGCCUUGGAUAUGGCAGAGUGUAACCCAUGGCCACGACUGGUGCUGUCUGAGCACAGCUGCCUGAUGAACCUUCGAGCUUGGAUCCUCAAGCACGUCCGCAACACCAAAGGACUAAACACGCACAUCCACGCUCAUCCUCCAGCGAGAACACACCACAAUGGCAGCAAGGCGUCACCGCCGAAGAGCUUCAACAACUGUUUGUCCGGCUCAGCUUCGGAGAACACACUCAGCCGCAUUCGCUGCAACAGCCACAGUAGCAGCAGCCAGACACCCUCCCCGAAGAUGCACAGCUCCCCCAGCUUUACUUUUGGCUGCCCCCCAUCCCGAACACACACGCAGCACAACGGCACGCACACCAGCGGGCGUGGAGUCAACAAGACACUCGGGCCAGUCAGGGACCCUAAGCCUCAGGAGAGGAGACGCCCACCCCACCACCGCUCCAUUCUACGGUCUCCCAGCAACAGCCACACACCCUCGCCCCCACUCUCACCCCCUUCCUCCUCCUCCUCCUCCUCGUCUUCCUCUGUGUGUGCAGCGGGCUCCUGUCCCCUCCCGGCCUCCAUCAGUAUGACAGGCGUCAGCUGCCCAGACUUUCAGGCUGGAGGACCCAGUUCAGCGGGUUGGUCCAGAAUGCCUUUCCCCAUGCGGCGUGUGGGGAGAGGGUGCCGGACUCUAACAGUCACUCAUCCCCCCGCAGAGGCCCGCACAGAGGCUGCUAAAGACUUGGGGCCUGAACAAAUCCUUUCCUCCAUCAAAUUUAGCAAGUAUGAGCUGCAGCCUCACAUGAGCCGUAUCCCCAUCCGGAGGGCGGGGUCGACUGAAACCCCUCCUACGCAUGGCAGUAAAACAUCCCCUGUCAGCAUUAACACAGUCUCAUCGGGAGGAAAGGAGGAGUCAGCCACCAUGAAAGUCUGGAAGCUGCUAAGACCUGGCCUCCAUCGACACCUGGCACUGUCAGGUGUAUCUGGGAAAGAGGGUGCCAUGCAGCUGGCCUCUAAAGCACUAAUGAAGAAAAGCCCAGACAGGAGUCUUCACUAUAGAGGAAAUACCAUCAUGGAAACUGCACACGAGAAGGAUGAAACGGUGCAACAGGUAGAGGAGACUCCAGUCAUGCCUCUGCCUGAGACUGUGAACAUGUGUGAGACGGGGACCCUGUGUGGAGAAGCCUAGCAAAUGUACAGAAGAGGAGGCACUUGUGUAUAUGUCUGUUUUUCCUUGUUAGUCUAAACUACAAGUUUGCGACCAAAACCAUUAAAACUAGGACCGGGGGGGGGGCAUGUUGGUGUCUUAAUAUGCAAUACAACAAGUUUAACAUUAUUUAUUCAGAUUUCCAGCGCAUGCUAAUAUAUCAACAUAGUCAGACCAUGGAGCUGUCAAGUACAACAAGUGAGCAGCUUUACUGGAGCAGCUAAAGGUUUAGAGUGCCUUGCUCAACGAAACCACAACUAUGGUUGAGGUAGGGGAGAAGUAAAAAAAAAAACCUUCCCCAUCCAAGAAUUUCAACUGAUCAAGAAUCCAUACACUUGAAAUGUUCUGUAACCUUUCAGCUACCAUCAUUGUACUUCACAUAUCGUUCUUUGUAAUUUUGGUCCUUGCCUUCUGAUGUCCCCUCCCCCCCAAAAAUGUGUUAUUUGCACUCUAACCAACACUGUAAUGCACUGGUAAGUAUUUUUACAGUCAGCCACUCGAACCAUUACAGCAAAGGGUUGAUUUUUUUAUUCAGACUGAUAAGCACAGCAGCACCUUUUAUAACCACCUUAUUUCAGGUGUGACUUUGGAAACAAAUUUGAGUGAAGUGUGUAUUUAAUGUCAUUAUUUCAGAAGUGUGUGCUGUUUUGCAUAUUAUGCCCAUAAACGGUUUUCACUCCCGAUGGACAUUUUCAUGGUUUGUUUUACACUGAUUUUAGUAGAAGUUUUGACACUGAUCACCAGCGAAGAAACUGAGAUGUGAAACUGUAAAAUAGUAGUGAGCUAAGUGCAGAUAUGAAACCAUAAGUAACUACACAUGUCCUAUUGAAUGGAGAGCAGGUGAGUGUGAGCCAUGUGUGACAAGCAAUUUUGUGAUAAAUGCAGGGCCAUGAAAGGCCCAGCUACUAGUUUGAAAGAACAUUAAGGACAAGGUUAGAUUACUGAAAAAGAACCAACCAGUUCUGUAAUAAAAUGAAUCCAAAGCUGUGAAUAUUGCUUGGUAAAGUAAACCUUCAUGUGCAAAUGUCUGUGAAAAAGGCCCUAGUGAGAUCGGACAACAAAUCUCUUGAAGUCAGUCUACCAGAGAGAACUUUUGGGACAAUCCUUAAGAUUUCAGUUCUGGUAGAUUUAGAGUUUCUAUUUUAAUGGAAACAAAAUAAUUUAGCUUUGUUUUUUUUUUAAGUCUGAAGUCCUGGGCUGUGUCCGAAAUUCCAUACUAUUUUUCAGAAUUGUGUGCAUAGUUCCAUUUUUUGUGCUAAUACAAUAUAGAAAAAUUGUUAAAUAGCAUAUUUUCCGGGAAUGUCACCACAGACACCCAGUUCAUAAUACUGCAAAUAUGAGUAUUACAAUACUGUCAUCAGUGGGCCAUGGGCUCAAUGUCCAUUGUGUUACCUCUUUCAGCAAUAGUGACUUAAAAGCCAUUUAUUUAAAAUGGAAUUUUUCAAGAUGCCACUUUAAAAUACAUAUACAGAAGUGGCUUCAAAAUAAUAAAUAAUGAUAAAAUUUUGCUCCACAGAACACCA